UUUAAGAAAGCAGACCAGAUCAAUAAAAAACGAACAAUUUUCAGUAAAUUACGUGGUUGCUUUCCAUGAAAACCCUUCCUAUACGUACUAGUGCCUUCCUUUGUGGCCAGAUUAUCCGGAUGUUUCUCCGAAAAAUUCCCCAAGCACUCAAAGCAUGUACAAAUGCAGUUUGUGGUGUCCCUAUUGCAGUUAUUCUGUUCUUUUCGCAUCUGAAAUGUCGACACUUCAUCAUCCUCGGUCUGGCCGUGAUUGGUGCUAUGGUGCUAACAAUAAUUGCCAUUGAGCAUUAUUAUGACAACUGUCAAAUACACUCAUUCAAGAGGCACAUGUGUUCUCUUUAUGACCGUAACAUCAUCACAGGGCCACUUUGUCCAAAACUUUGCAAGACUGGUGAAAUACAGAUCAAGACAUGUGAGACUGACAAAGACAAGUCGAAAAUGGUCUAUUUCACUGAUCGAUACGCACUCAGACUUGGCAAGUGGAGCGGUGAAUUCCAAGUUGAACGCUAUGCCAGUCCUUCGAGGUUUGAGACGCCCAAGCAAGGAACAAGUAUGGAAGAAUUCAGGUCGCUUCUUGGAGAUUUUCUCCUUGCUCAGUUUGGAAAAAUGGAUCAGAGUAAAAUCUAUCGCAAGAUUAUACAGCUAGCAGAUGUAAACAAUGAUGGGAAGCUCUCCCUGUCUGAAGCGAAGACAAUCUGGUCCCUGCUACAGAACAACGAGUUCUUCCUCUUGAUCAUUCUAUCAGACAGCGCCCACGUCCCAAAAGUGAACGGAUUCUGCGGUGACAUGUAUGCCAUUGAGAAGAUACCAAAUACAUACCUGUACCUGCGGUCUAAAUCCGGGCUUAUGUCUGUGUUGAGAUCAGACCUAUGGGGAUUACCGGAUUGGAAAAAACGGGCUAAAAUUGCGGUGGGGUUGUUGGAGUUUGCAUUAGAAGUGUAUCAGCAUGGCCCGGACGGUUCCUUUUAUAUGUGUGACACACAGCCGGAAAAUAUCGGCUAUACAAAACAGUUUGAUGUUCGCAUCCAAGAUUUAUCAUUAUUGUUAUCUAAUGCUACCUUACAUAAAUUAUUACGGGGACAUUUUUGUUCAAAAGAUGAGGAGUGCAUUUAUACAGAACAGUGUAAGACGACAUGUAAUUUAGGGAUUCAUAGGUGCACUGGAGACUUGAUUCGACCUAGUCUCUCUGUCGUGUGUGAAAUCCUCAAUGACUAUAUACUAAGUGAUACUCCUAGUGGGAUACAAGGUGAGGUGCAGAGACUGUUGGAACGGUGCACAGCAUUGAACGUUUACUCAAAAAAUAUGCAUAUGGAACACUCGUUGAUAUUGAAUGAUUUAAAAAGUCUACUCUGGAAGCAAAUCAGUUCAUGAAUAUUAUUAAUAAUGUGUUUAUAUAAAAGCUGCCCUGAAAAUCCUCUUUCUAGUCUUAGAAAUUAUGUGCUUAGUCAGACUUCUUAUCAAACAUGUGCUAGCAGAUGAACUUUCACCCUUGAAGGGUGCAGGGGGCAUGCAAUUGAUAGGCAUGCCAGGGUCAGUUGUAUAAUUUUGCCUUAUAAGGAACUCCUCUGGCAUUUAUUUGGUGGUUAGAAUUUGUUGGGGAACCAAUUUGGGUUGCCACAGCCUGGCUUAGUAUUACUUCUACUGUUAGGAAAUGUUUGCCGUUAUCAAAUAUUAGGUGCUGGUAUGAUGUCCUCUUUUACAUCCGCAUUUCAAACUGAUUUCAUAUUUUCUAUAUACAGGGAUCAUAAAAUUAAGAUGAGUUUUGUAAUUCUGUAGUUGAGUUGAUUUCUGUUGGGUACCUA